AUAACUUGCAUAACAUCUCACAAAAUCUGGGGCUGGACGCAUAAAAGAAAGUCACAGAGAGAAACGGGAGAUAUUGUGCACAUUGGAUGGCUCGAACAUAAAAAAGAAAGAUGAGUUUCCCUGUGUCCUUCUAUGUGCUGAGUGUGUGCCUCGGGUUUUUGUGUGUGAUGUUCGUGUGUCUGUGGAGUGGGACCUGGAGAGGAGGAUUUGCCUGGGAUGGAUCUUUUCUGCAGUUUAACUGGCACCCGGUUCUCAUGGUGACGAGUCUCGUGGUGCUGUAUGGAAAUGCCAUAGUCCUGUACCGUGUUCCUCUCACCUGGAGCAGGUGGUGGUGUAAGCGGGCCCAUGCAGGGCUGUUGUUUGUGGCCAUGGUGCUGUCUGUGCUAGGAGUGUGUGCUGCCUUUGAUUUUCACACUGCCAACAACAUCCCUCAUCUGUAUUCAUUACACAGCUGGACUGGGAUCUCCACAGUGGCCCUAUUCACUUUGCAGUGGUUUGUGGGUCUUUGUGCUUUCUUGUUGCCCUGGACCCCUUUGGCUUUUAGAGCCCGUCUGAAACCUCUUCACAUCUGGAUGGGCAUUGCCAUCUUCAUCCUGAGUCUCAUCACCAGCCUGUCUGGGAUCAAUGAGAAACUACUGCUGACACUAAAUGGGAGAAAUGGAAGCAAUACCAAACCAUAUACGACACUGCCUGCUGAAGCUCUGUUUGCAAACUCAUUUGGCAUUGCAGUUGUUAUUUUUGGAUUGUUAGUGCUGAAACUUCUGUUCAGUCAGAAAUGGAAGAAUCCAGAGUCUGAGAAUGAAACUGACAGACCUUUGCUGACAGAUGCCAGAUGAAGACUGGAGUAAACAAGAAGAAACAUGUUGUGUAUACCACAAUUAAACAAAUCACUUUUUGACUCUGUGGAA